AAAAAUGGGGGCAACUGUUUGUAAAUAGAGGCAAGAUAACUAUGGUCAAGAGGUCAUUUAGGAUCAGAAUGAUGUUUAAAUCAACAAUAUCACUUUUGCCAAAGAACAAUCCUCUAAAUUAGAUCGUUCAAGUCUUAAACACCCCAGUUUAAAGAAGAAAAUUAUUACUCAGAUUUUAGAGAAACUUCCAGAUGACCCUAUAAGUAUGAUCACUCCCCUUCAUUAUUCCUAGAUCUAAGCAACAAUUAAUCGAGUAUUUUCUAAGAAGAAAAAUAGGAACCUACUACUCCUGCACUUCCAACUUAGUAAAAUAAUGCUUUUAAAACCUAGUGAUGUCGUCAAUUAGAAUGGAGAAAAACAACAUUUCCAGAAUAUUUAAUUGAUAAUGAAAGAGGUUGUACAAUCAAUAAAGAUGAACUCAACAUAGAAACUAGUCUCCUCUUAAUAGGAAGAAGUGCUUUAAUGUAUACAUUAAUUCCUAAAUUUAGAUUAGAGUUCAAAGAAUAGACUUCGCAAUAUUCGAGAUCCUGUAAAGUUGACAAUAGAUAAAAAUUACUAAACAUGAAUUUAGUUGAAGAUAAUGUAAUUGCUAAUUUCCUAAUCAAAGUUCGAUGAUUAUAUAUACUACGAUUGGAAGAAUUCAAACUUGCAAUUAAUUAGUGUUAAUGAUUAAAAUUUAUUGAAGAAAUUAAGUUCAGCUAAACCUAUGUCUAAAUAAGCCAAAAAAAAUGGUUGAUCCUCAUAGAAUCCAUUAAAAUAUUAA